AUGUCUAUGCCAUUCCAAGGCCCACCUUCCCUUCGAUUUGGCGAUAAUCCUCUCGAUAUGUCACAGAACAUUCUAUCCACCUUCUCUGCUGAUCGUCGGGAACAAUUGGCAAAGCUAGAUUCUCCUAGAAAAUAUUACAUCCCGUACUUUGCAGGUCGGGAUGCGGCUUACGACAUGUCGAAUGCACCUCAGGGUAUUCACGCCUUCCUUCGGGCAUACUUCCACAUGAAGAGCGCCGAUUGGCGCCAUAACGACCCGCGUCCGCUUGCGACGGCGGAACCAUUCGAGCUGGCGAAACUGCCUCACUAUUACAUGAUGCCGCUUGCAGCCACAAUGCCAGAGGCCGUAGCCCCGCACGCGCCCAAUGCGGAUGAAAUAGCUCGCAGUCGCUGGCUCACUGAUGAGGAGUUGGCGGUGUAUGCCGAGGAAUACGGGCGCACCGGCUUUCAGGGCGCAUUAAAUGGGUACAGGUCUUUCCAGCCCGAGUUUUACGACGAGUUGGGGGUGUUCGCAGGCAAAGUUAUUGCGGUAUCAGCGAUGUUCAUAUCUGGAAAGCAGGAUUGGGGCGUGUACCAGAUGCCGGGUGCAUUAGAGAAGAUGAAAACUGAGGCAUGCAGCAGGAUGCGCGAAAAAGAUGUUCUUCUGGUCGACGGAGCGGGUCACUUGGUUCAACAGGAGCAGCCCGAGAAGGUGAUCACGCUUUUGGAGAGGUUCUUAUCAGAGGUCAAGGUGUCCGAGUAA